CCUCGGGCCCUUUCAACCAUCUAGAUUCACUUCACAUCCAGUCCUCCACUGAGCAACAACAGCUUGACUUUUGAACCUACCAAACCACUUUGCACCAAACCAAAGCCCAAACCCCAUAUCAACCAUGAAGACCUUCGCCUCAAUCCUGCUCGGUCUCGUCGCUGCCGUGUCAGCGGAAGACUAUGUCUACUACACGGGCAACCGGUGCACCGGCGACGUGGUCGGGUCGGGCACUCUGGCCUGCGGGCCCAACCCGAUGCCGCUCUCGCCUCUCAUCCACGGCAUCCGACUCAACUUUGCCAACGGACUUCGUACCCGCUUCCACGACAACCGGGACUGCUCCGGUGCGGCCUGGUUCACCGACGACGGAACCGGCGGCUGCGUCACCGACUCUGCCGCCAGAACCAACUGCAUCUUUGUCCCGUGCUAGGUAUUUAAAUUGUUUUACAGGCAAGUGACAGCAAUCUGGCCGCCUACCCACACCGCUCUCGUACACAGGCCAUGCUGGUAGUCUUUUCGAUUCUUAUGAGCU